AUGGCUUCAGGCUCUCGUUACGCCCUUCUGGCAGAGGAUGACUUUGAGUCAGACAACCCGGGCCCAUCCAAUCACCCGGGACCAUCACAGGCACACACCCGCCCGGCUUCACCCGCGGCCACGCUUCAAGCGUACCCGGAAAUUCAAUGGAUCUACGCCGGUGUUGAGUACGAUUCGUUGGAAAACGCUAUCCGUGCCUCGGCAGAUAGCUUAGGCAUCAACAACCAGGCUUACGUCGACUGGACUAUCUCCGUAACAAGGGACAUCACACGGCGCGAAGUGGUCAAUGUCUACAACGUCCUCGGUGGCAAGAUAUAUGAACAUCGGAACGAUUUCCUCAAUGAGUGUGACACCACCCACGCCACCUUCAAAGAGUUGGACGUGUCUAUGACAGGCCUUCACACCAAGGCUGACACUGCUGGGAACCUCGCUCUCAAAGCUGUGGAAGAGAACAAACAGUUGAAGGCGGAACUGGUCACCGUCAAAGCGGACCUGGAGGUUCUCAACCGGAACAAUACGGAGCUCGUCAAACGGUAA